GGAAAGGCCAUAUUGCGCACGUGCAGGGAGUGAUCCUCAUCGCUCCCAUGUCCCUGAUCUGUGAUAGGACGUGGGAAGGGUUAUCCUAUUAUUUCAGUGUGGUCGGUAGCCGGCUUUAGGACCCCGCGGUACAGCACUGGUCAGCAGCAGACCUGAGGCAGAGCAGAGGCGGAGAGGAUGCGGAGGAGAGGGCUGCGGCUGCGACAAUGUGACAGCGAGAGGACAGCAGAAAGUUAACGCCCGGAAAGAUGAACAAAGUCUUGGGUGAUUUUUAAACCCCGAUAGAACGGAUGGAGAAAGGGGCAGUGUGACCCACGGGUUUAACAGGGCAAGCGCAAAAGACGCACCUGUGUGUAGCUCUUCCCUUGACUUCAGCCCGUGCGCUACGAGCAGUGUACCUGAAGUUCAACCUACAAACCCAAUGCACUGCAAUCAUCCUGAACGGACAGCACACGAGCAGAUGAGAAGCAGAGACAUGACUGGAGAGAGCACUUCACUUGGACUUCUACCCUUAUGUAAGAUGAAGUGUGGUACUGCCCAAGUUCCCAUAGGAGCCUAGCGAAGUCCACAGUAACCCAAAGCCAUAAAUCACCAGUGAGGCGCUCCAACUGUCCAUUAUGCUCCACUGUAGCAGCACAGGAACAGGGGUGUUGUUAGGCUGCUGACCCAACAACGUACACCAAGGGAUGCUAUUUCUGGCACCUCAUUGCUUUCAGAGAUUAGUUGCCCUCUAAUAUGGCCCCAAUCCAUUCAUUUGCCACUAGUUUGACUGCUGCCUAUGGUUGUGCCUAUCCUGCCUCAAACACCCUGUGAAUCAAUCUUAUCACCAUCUCCUAGCGAUCUGUGUGCACUUUUCCUACAAGGGCCAUCGGACUGAGCCAUACAAUCCUGAAACAAAUGGAUUGUUACAUGUGCAGAAUACAGACACCAUAAACACAAACACCUAAUGCUACGGACACACCUAUCAAUUACAGUGAGUGAAAGACUAUAAACACAAAACAACAACCAAAAACAAUACGACGUAUCUUUGAAACAACAGAGGCAAAGAAUCUUUUAAUCGUCGGGACAACUUCCCGGAAAAGCAGCAUGUACUGAUUGAGUUAUAAGUUGCUGUUAAUGUUUUUGGCAUUAACUGAGCAGAAUGGAAAAAGUGGAUGAGUUAGAGCACCCUCUUCUGGGAGAGGGAACAAAUAAUAAAAGUGUGUCUGGACCUGGUUUUGUCUCUGGGCCCGUGUCCACAUAUUCUCCUGGUGAGCGAUUUAAAGGGGUCUUAGUAAAGUGUGAGGAGGAUCAAGUGUACCCUCCACUGGCCUGGAGUAGUUACUGCGGACACCCCCCUGAGAUCCAACAGCAGCAGCUCUUGGACCCCUGCUCUCUGCCUCGCACCAUGGAGUCCUACUACCCAGGUGGCCCUUUGUGGGGGCACACAGACUCACUGCUCAAUAAGGACUAUCUGGAGACUACCUUUGUGGACAUAAGGCCUGGUUCAACACUGGAGAGGAAGCUGAUGGCUGAGGCUCAGGACUAUCAUAGUACUUACAGCAUGGAGGAUGAAGACGACCUGCUCCCAGACUCAGAUGAUUCAUCCAUUGAAGAUUACACAGACACAGACAGUGAGAGCAACUUCCCUCUAAUGAUACCACAGGACUACUUGGGUCUGGCCUUCUUCUCUAUGCUCUGCUGCUUUUGGCCCCUGGGCAUUGCUGCGUUCUACCUGUCACAAAAGACAAACAAGGCAUCGGCUCAGGGGGACUUCCAGGGGGCCACUGCAGCAUCCCGUCAGGCCCUGUGGCUUUCAGUCUUGUCCAUCGUGUUUGGGAUCAUCACGUAUACUUGUGCCAUUGCUGCCCUCAUCUCCUACCUGUCUGGAAAGCCACCUUAGAAGUAAAUCAUGUGAACUUAAAAAGACACAACCCCAAGCCAAUACAAGAAUCUCAUAAAUCAACAUUCAUACAGGCUGUAGAUGUAAUAUAGCUGUCUUUCCCUAUACCAUGUCUGUCAUCAACUCUAUAAAGUUGUAAAAGAUAAAAAUCAUGUUGAAGGCAUGCCCAAAAAUGGACGCAUUGAGACCAAUCUGUUUACAUAUAAUUUUUUUCCAUAGUGCACACAUGCAAUCUAUCCAAACGUAAAGGACACCCACUCAUUAUACUCAAAUAGAUAAAAAAAAGAAAGAAAUACGGAAGUUUUAUGAAAAAUGUUUUGUAAAAAAGACAAAAGAAAAGAGCCAUACAUGUGAUGUUGCCUUUGCUUUUCUAUUGAUUUGAGCCUGAUUAUUUAUAAUGGUUUGACUGGCUCCAAGGGUUACUCCAAAACUGCAAGGGGUUAUCUUUUCAUCUCUUUAUAAUGACAGAAAUUGCAUUAUUUUGAUAAGUUUUCUGCUAUUAAGCCAAAAUCAGUUUUGAUCUGUGGUGUAUGGCGCUCAGUAAGAUGUGUCGGGGCAUAUUAUGCCAACACAUAUGCAUACACAACUAUGGGGCAUUUUCUGCUUUAAAAAUAAACAUACCCAGAAAAAUGUAAAUAGAGAGCUUUGUAAAGAAUACCGAAAGAUGAAUAAACAGCAAAGUUAAGACUUCAAGUGCAAAAAAUAUACAGAGAAAACUGUCAUGAGCUAUUCUAAUAAUAGAAGGUCGUCUCUGCAACUUUUGUCCAAGUCUAGCUACAGCACAGGUGAUUUUGUUGGAAACUGAAAUGUAAUACUGUGAACUCAGAAACACAAUGCAGCCAAAGGAGAAGGAAAGCAAGAGUUUACAUGUCAGUGAAAAUAUCUAUUUUGGUCAGAAUGCAAUAUGCAUGGAGACUUUUGCCAAUCAAGCCAAUUUCAGGCUUGACAUUUGUAUCAUGUUAUGUGAUGUUCAAUAAUGCAAAAAAAACAACAAAAAAACAAAAAACAAACUGAUGAAAACAAAUGAAAAACAAAAACCUCAUCCAUAUUGGUUUGAGCAAGUGUGCCAUCAAUGAAACUGUGAAUAAAUGAAUCCCCAAGUAUUUUAAAAGUGAUUCAAAGGAAAAGGUAAAUAUUUUCUAUUUAUAUAUUGUAUAUAGUUUUUUAGAUCCACUACAGAAAUGAAUUUCUGGAUCAGAAUUUGUUCAUAAAAACUAAUUACAGUUGAAUACCACGCGACAACACAUGGUAACCUCUAAAUAAUAUUACAAUUACAACAUCCACUAAGACAAUCCUUCACUUUUCUUCAAUGGGCUAUUUGUCGUUUCUGUCAGUUUUAGCAUUAUAGUUUGAUAAAAAGGCAUUUGAUGUAAAUUGCCUUUUCUUAGAUGGUUGACAUUGCUUGACAGCUCAUGGUCAGACUUGGUUUAUUUUGUAUAGUCAAUUACUGGAUGCAGUGAAUUUAACAGGUAUAUGUGCCAACUGCUGCUAAAGGUUAUGUAUUACACAUGCUAUAAAUUAUAUUAUUUACCUUUAGAGUCCAUACUUGUAAAUUGAUCUGUAAAAUAAAGAAAUAAACCCU